AUGGCCGUGCCCAGGGUAGUCCCGGCAGAGGAUAUCGAGCGAACAAGAAAAGCCAUUGAGCAGGUAGAGAUUGCGGUGUGGGCAGCUGACUUUGUUCUCCAAAACUAUGAACAAGUCGCAGCACAAUACCCACAUGUAACACAGAUAAUCGGGUUGCUCAUGGGUUCUGCGGCCUCGACCAACAUUCAUUCAAUAGGACGACUUCAAGACUUUGUUUCCAAGCUGAAAAAGACGAGAAUUGGGUCGAUCGACGGCUUUUAUACCGAAAGACACAUUCUUAAGUUCUGCACCAAUGAUCUCGAGUCGUCGGAGGGAAUUUCCGUGCGUUUCGCAACAUACGAUACGAUGAGCCCAGCGGAUCUCGUGGCUGAAACACAGCUCGGAGGUGAUACCAUCAUAAUGAGCCGUUCAACAUACGAGAAACCUUCAGGAAGAUAUCUGUGGAUGUUUGCUUGGAGAACAACAAUAUACCACCGUAUUUUCCGGUCAAUCUCCCACAAUUUCCUCGAGACUCGACGGGCAGGUACAUUGUGA